AUGGCUCUCGGAACCGUCCUCCCAUUCUGGCCCGCCCUGCUGUUCACCUACCUCGAGCCUAUCUCACUCAUCCUCGGCUGGAACGCCGCCUGGAACAGCCCCUCCGACUUCAUCACAAAGCAACUCCCCACACCGACCCUCGUACCUGUCCCCGACGCCGCGCUCGUCCUCUCCUACACCACCGGCAACAUCUUCAUCCUCCUCGCGCUGCUCGCCGUCCUCUGCACAGCUAUAACGCGCGACGCGCGCGUCGCGAAGUACUACUUGCUUUUCGUGGCCGCGGGCGAUCUAGGACAUAUCUUUAGUAGCUACAAGGUUAUGGGUCCGGAAGUAUUUUGGAAUUUCAACCAGUAUAAUGAUAUGAUGUGGGGCAACAUCGGCGCCAGCGCGUUCUUGCAUGUUAAUCGGCUAGCUACGGUGCUGGGCGUCUUUGGACGGAUCCGAGGGCUGUAG